CACGUCGCAGCGCAGAGACACUUUUCCCAAACCUGGACCAUUUCAGCCAAGCAAUUGGAGAACACUCGCAGGAGGAAGGAAGAACAUCAUCCACCCAUCAUCUUCCCCAAAAUUCACAAAUUAAGCUCAAUUCAAUUCAAUUCGAUCCUGCAGGCGCCAGCAAAAUAUCAAGCCAGCAAAAGGCGAGGGAGAGGAGUUGUAGGACCGCCAUGAAAUAUCAAGCCUCGUCUGUAGAAGCUCCACGUUACUACAUCUCGCACUGGUUUCGAGAUGAUGCAGGCGAUUGUUCAUGGUGGAGUGGCGGAGGGGAAUAAUGGCGGAGGGAAUUUAAUCGCGCCUUUCGUGAUGAAAACUUACCAAAUGGUUACCGAUCCUUCGACCGACGUCCUGAUUGCUUGGAGCGCAGGCAACAACAGCUUCAUAGUUAUGGAGCCUCUGGUUUUCUCGCAGAGGAUUUUGCCUGUUUACUUCAAGCACAACAACUUCUCCAGCUUUGUGCGUCAGCUCAAUACUUAUGGGUUCCGAAAAGUCGAUCCAGACAGGUGGGAGUUCGCGAACGAGUGGUUUCUCCGUGGACAAAUGCACCUAUUACCCAACAUCGUGCGACGAAAGCAACACUCGAGCAGAGGCAACAACGCGUUGACCCGGGACGGCAACGACGAGCGAGACGACGAUGACGAGCUUUUGGCGGAGAUCGCGAAACUAAAGCGCGAGCAGAAGGGAUUAGAACAAGAGCUCGAGAGCAUGAACCGCCGACUCGAGGCCACUGAGAGACGGCCACAACAAAUGAUGUCGUUCCUCUACAAGGUUGUCCGCGACCCCGAGAUUCUGCCGCGAAUGAUGCUCGAUAACGACGAAACACGGCAGAGGAUUCCCGUCAAAAACGUCGACAAGCGGAGAAAGAUCGCGAUCCCCGUUGCCACGUCGAGUUCUUCGUCGGGAAUGGCUCUGUCGGGUUCAUCGGGGAAGAGCGAGGAUGAUCGAGAAUGCAACCCGGUUACGCCGAUCUCGUCCCCGACGGUAAAGGUCGACGACGAUCGGGGCUAUCGCCGAUCUUCCGGGUCGCCGGAUGGAUUUGUCGGUCGGGAAAUUCGUAAUUAUGGUUAUGUCGCGGCGCUCGACUCGCCGGAGCUCAGCCACGCCGGAAAUGGUUAUCCCGGUAAUCUCACUCUCCGGCGCAAUGCCGCUGGUGGUGUCAACGGAAAGUAUUUGGAAGGCGCGGCGGCGACGGAAGAGCGCGACAGCCCGCCGGCGCCGGCGUAUCCGUUUUCCCUUCUAGGUGGUGGAUUUUAACUAUUAAUAUAUAUAUAUAUAUUUAUAUGCAUAUACAAGAAUACAUAUAGAUAUUGAUAUAUGGUCCUAUGGACGUGUAUGUAUAUGACAUUGUUUAUUUUAGUGUGAUUAUAUUAUUAUUAUUAUUAGAGUAUAUUGUAUAUUACUCCGUGUGUUUUAUUAUAAA